UGGGCACCCCUGCACUCCUCGGUUUAACCAUUUUCCAUCUUCACCACAGCACCUCCACGGCGGCCAUGAGUUCUUCCUAGAUCCGGAAAACACGGGACCUCCUUCCUUGUGUGCAUGGUGGCCAAAGGAGCUGGUUCUGGCGACGAAGAGGCUGAUGCCGCCCGCACAUCACUCAGGGCGCAAGAAGACCUUGGGGAUGAAGUUGGUCCGGUCAGAUGUAGCACCGUGUCGGUGUCAAUGGCGAUGGGGAGAAAAGGUCCAAGGGACGAAUGCCUUCCUGGAGAAGGAAAAGGCAAACCGAGCAUCAAUGGGAACGAUACGAGCAUGGGGAUAAUUUCUUUGGAGCAUGCAUCAGCUCUUAGCUCCUACCCAUUCAUGAAUCCUUCCUUUUUCAACUUCCAUUGCUUGAAUCAGAACGGGGUUGGUCCAUUAGUAACGUUCCAGGACAUGGUAAUGCAAGCAGGCAAUGGUGUUCUUCCGCAUGCAGGAGUUAAUUCAUCUGAAAUUGGUGACAAAGCAAAUCCUGUGGCAAUGACAACUAUGUGGAAGCAAGUUCAGACCAAGCGACACACUACCGGAAACCCUAUAUUUGCCGAGUGCCUACGGCUUUGCCGAGUUCCAAAAUUCGAGCACUCGGCAAAAGAACCUUUUACUGAGUGUAAACAAUUAAACACUCGGCAAAACAAAGACACUCGGCAAACUCUGCUUUUGCCGAGUGCCGUAAUAUAGACACUCGGCAAAUCCAGAGUAUGCCGAGUGUCCAGAAUGUGACACUCGGCAAAAAAAACCGUAACAGCUACUGGCCGGCCGUUCCGUUUGGUUUUGCCGAGUGUCCUUUGAGGCACUCGGCGAAUAUAUGUCUUUGCCGAGUGCCAAAGGAGUAGCACUCGGCAAAUUGUCAGAUUGGUCGAGUGUCCUUUGAGGCACUCGGCGAAAUUUUAAAAAAAUUUCCACUCCCAAUUCCCAAAAUUUUUCCCUGAUCUCCUACGAUAUGAAGACGUACAUAUUAAAAUUAAGUAUAUUUUUUCCUUA